UAGCUAGGGACGCAGCGGUUCGAGCAAUAACAUCUAAACAAAACCGGCCCUGUGAAAUGGCACUCCGACAAAUUAUUCGCUUCCGUUUCAAUUCAUUUUCUGUGCUUGGCAGCCGAAGCAUGGGUGGGGGUGAGGCUGGUUCAGGAGCAGGCAAGGGGGGUGGCUCGGGUGGUGCCAUCCGAGAUGCUGGUGGUGCCUUUGGCAAGAAAGAAGCAGCCAACGAAGAGCAGUACUUCAGGAAACUGCAAGCCAAGCAGCUGAAGGACAUGAAGGACGGUCUGGAGAAGGAGGUGAAGUUCCACGAAGAGCAGAUCAAAGCCCACCAAGAGGCCCUCAAGCGACACAAGGAGAGACUUGAUAAACUCGACGACUAGAUCCCUGGCAAGUCUUCAUGCAUUCGUAACGCUGCAGUUGCAUGUAUGCAGAGAUUUAAGAUGUAAAGCUAUAUAUUAUUAAGCUCAUUGUUAAGGGAAAUAGUUGAAGAGCUUUUAGCAUUACAUAGUUCUCUGAAGGUAGAGUAAUCGUGUCGGGAAGAACCCAAAGCCUUGAGCAGCGAAUUGUCUCGUGAAUGGCGCUAUUCGCUUUCUUUCCCGAGCAAUGACAAGUAUAGUCGCAACUGUUAAAUUGUUGUUGUAAAUAUUCAGGUCGGGCUGACAUAAAUGAUUGCUGCAUUAAAGUUUCAUAUUAACCUAA